AUGACUCUGAAUUCAACCAAAUCAAUUUGGGAUUUUCUCAAGCAGGAGUAUGAAGGAAAUGAGAAAGUCAAAAGGAUGCAAGUGCUGAAUUUGAUCAGGGAAUUUGAAAUGCAGCGGAUGAAGGAGUCAGAAACAAUCAAGCAGUAUUCUGACAAACUUCUAAGCAUUGUCAACAACGUAAGGUUUCUUGGAACUGAGUUUUCUGAUACAAGGAUAGUCCAAAAACUUCUUGUGAUUGUUCGUGAGAGGUUUGAAUCCAUCAUUGAAGGCACAAUUGAAUAUUUUUUACAAGCAAAACUGAAGUUCAAUCAAGUCACAAAGGAAAGAAGAAAAAGGCCCAAUGAAACAACUUUGCGAAAGGAAAAAGUUUCAAUAAAUGGAGUAGUAAAUCCGAAGAUGAGAUAG